AGUACGCGCGUCGAGUGCGGGGGCUGGGUCCGUGUCCGGCUGUCCCCGCGCGGCAGAAGCGCGUGCGGGGUGCUCCCAGCCCACGACGGCACAGAGGGCGGACCGCAAGGAGAAGCCAUGUUCCGAAGGCCUGUGCUACAGGUGCUUCGUCAGUUUGUAAGACAUGAGUCUGAAAUAGCUAGCAGUUUGGUUCUUGAAAGAUCUCUGAAUCGUGUGCAGUUACUGGGGCGAGUGGGUCAGGACCCUGUCAUGAGACAGGUGGAAGGAAAAAAUCCAGUCACAAUAUUUUCCCUAGCAACAAAUGAGAUGUGGCGAUCCGGGGAUAAUGAAACAUACCAAAUGGGUGACGUCAGUCAAAAAACAACGUGGCACAGGAUAUCAGUUUUCCGGCCAGGCCUCAGAGAUGUGGCCUAUCAGUAUGUGAAAAAGGGGUCUCGAAUUUACGUGGAAGGGAAAGUAGACUAUGGUGAAUACAUGGAUAAAAAUAACGUGCGGCGACAAGCAACCACCAUCAUCGCUGAUAACAUCAUCUUUCUGAGUGACCAGACGAAAGAGAAGGCAUAGCAUGGAUGAUUCUUCUUUGGCCGUUGUUUGGUAUAGUCUUAUUUCCAAAUCAUGUAUAGUCUUUAUAGUUUCUAAGGACAAGAAUUAAAACACUGUUUUAUAUAAAAUGAGUGAUAAUGUUUUUCCUGGCUGUCAUUCCCUGUCCCCUUUCUGUAGCUCCUAUGUGUCCGACAUUUGUUCUCUUAUGGGUGGUGUCUUUGCAUAGGUAUAUGGAAUAGUGUACUUACAUGUUCAUCUGUGUGUGUCGUGCAGAGGGAUGAAUGUCCUUAGGGAAGUUCUCCUGUCUCGUGCAUGCUGUAUCGCAGUAUUGGUUCACCCACUAGGUGUUUACUGAGCGUCGCUGUAUGUCAGACAUUUACCCUGUGUUGUGAAUAUUGAUGUUCUAAUCUCCCUGUAGCAUUGAAGGCAAGUACUGAACCUUCUCUGUGAACUUGUACCUUAACCAGUGCUUUCCUCAGAACAGGUGAAUGAUCCCAACGGGAUGUUAAACUUCAUCCCAAAUUGAAGGGAGUAGCUGUACAGUGUUAGUGUCUAACCUGAGUGGCCUCAGGCUAACCUACCUCUUCACUUCUUUUGUUUUUCACAUGAUCUCUUGUUGCACACACACAGGUCAUUAUGUAUACACAGUUACUUUUUGUGUUGCUGUGUUCAGUCGUAGCAGUCCUUUAUUCUGCAUAGGCCGCCUGUCUCCAGCUUGGCUACUACUACUGUUUCCUCAGGCUCUGUGUGCCAUCCUCUGUGCCUGAGUGUGGUACUGUGACUUAGGUCCUGUUGGACUUCACCAUUGUCAGAAUUCAUGUGCUCUAUUGGCCCCUGACUUUUGUUUUCCUUAAGCAUUUUCUGCAUACCUGAGCACCUUUUUUGUAUUUACUGUGCACUUUGGUGAGGAAGGAUGGAGUACCUUAACUUCUUCCUGUCCUUACUUAGGCAUCAUAGAAAAUGACUGCCUGUCCCUCUGUCAGCAAUCUUUUCAGCAGCUGAGACUACUGAUCAGCAUGUCAACUCUUGCUGAGUUCACACGCUGUAACUGUCUGGUGAUGAAGUUCUCAUUCCUAUGCAAAAUUUAUCUUUAUGUUUUGCUUUAGCAAAACAGCUUUUAUACUGAAAUGCUGAAAGAGGUAUGCACAUUAGCAUUCCAGUGAAAAUAGGGUGAUAAAAUCUGCGCUUUGGGAAAA